AUGACAGUCUAUCUAAAACUGUUAGGGGUUAGUAAAAAUAAACUUGAUGUGAUCAAGCGACAACUAGAGAAAUAUGAACUAACAAUGAGAAUACAUGGUAAUAUCAAACGUUUGCCUCAGCGAUCAAGCAAAGUAAUCAUGACUCAUAAUAAUGCCAAAGAAGUUUCAUCUUUUAUUCUUAAUUAUGCUGAUAUUAAUGGACUUUCAAGACCUGGUAGCCAUCUAGAAAGAAAUAAUCAGCCUGAAGAUAAAGAAGAGUUAUUAGUUGAAUAUGCUAGUCAUAUAAGAAUUGCUAAACUUGAAUGUGAAUAUUACAAUGAUAAUAUUAAAAAAGCAAAAGAAAAUGAUUCCCAUACUAUUAAUAUUCAUUCAUCACUUACUAGUAAAGAAAGACCUAUUCCAAAUACUGUUAAUAGUAAGAGUUUUAUAAUGCCUCUUCAAACUAUGCAGAGUAUUCCAAUAUCAUAUUCUCCACAAAAAAUUGGUCCUUUGUAUUUUAAGAAUGAAGGGGAGUUUCCUGUAGGAGUAGUAAAGAGUGCAAAUACAACUCUAAGUUUGAUCUAUGACACAUUUAUUGAAUGUAACAGAAGUGAGAAGAACAUCAAGAUUACUUGUGAUAACUGUGAAGGGCAAAACAAGAAUAAUGCUACUAUUGCUUUCUACUGUUAA